AUGGACAAUCAGGAGCAGCGCGGCUCCAAUAAGUCUUCCACCUACGAAGAUGUCGCCCUGGGGCCCCUGUUUCUCCGAAGACCGUCCCGAUCGAGGCAGGUGCAGAGCCAGAUGAAGGAGUGCCUAGCUGCCCUCUCCACUCUCGUGGCCAAGGUGGAGGAAGACCUAGACAACGCGCGGAAGGAUGUCAUCAUUUCACAAAUGCUGCUCAGAUCGGAUUCAGUGUUGAGCCAAGUGCAGAACUGCACCACUGGGUCACACUGCUAUGCCCGGCAGCUGACACCUUUGCUCUGUGACCUGUUUCAAUCAGCUGUCGGCCACGAGUAUCAGUCGAAGCUCUCCAAGCACUCGUCCCAGGUCCAGUCCAUCAGGGGCAUUGGAGGCAAGUUUGGUGUCCAGGUGGGCAGAGUUGACCAGGUGGCUCGGGAGCUGAGGCUGACCGAGCACUCUCCCAGCAGUCUGACUCCGAGGCCGAAGGCCGGGGUCAAGGAGGAGCUUGGCUUUGUUGUGAGCGAUGGAAGCGGAAGCGGAGCCGGGCUCUGGCUGCUGUGCUCCUCCGAGACAGUGGUGGAGGCCCAUCUGAGAAGAGCGUAUGUGGACGAGUGGAGGGGUCAGGAGGAAAUGUCGCUUACUUGCGCACUGUGGUUCCGGAACGGCCUUUUCCGGAGAGGUGGCUCGGGAGCUGAGGCUGACCGAGCACUCUCCCAGCAGUCUGACUCCGAGGCCAAAGGCCGGGGUCAAGGAGGAGCUUGGCUUUGUUGUGAGCGAUGGAAGCGGAAGCGGAGCCGGCCGCAGCGAGAGCUUCGAGAAUUUCCCUUUCCUUGUGCCUCCAUGGUCCUCACGCAGGCCGGCUGGCAGCUGCAGCUGUGGACCUCAGUACAUGUCAGGCCAUUCAGCCUUUUCUUGUCAUACCGGUGGUGGGUGCUGGGACUCUGGAGGGCCACGGAGGCCUGGUGUGCUCUGGUAAAGACCCCCUGUGUCUCUCCACUUUUGUCCCCUCUCCGACCCCAGGAGUGUGCAGCUCUCGCUGCAGAGCUCCACACCUGCAGGGAGCAGCUCGUGCAGAGAGAGGAGGAGAUCGCCAACCUGAAGGCAGAGAGAAACAACACCAGGGUGCUCCUGGAACACUUGGAGUUCCUAAUCUGCAGACACGAGAGAUCUCUCAGGAGAACAUUGGUGAGGCGACAGGCAAAGACUCAGGCCGGUGUGUCCAGUGAGGUGGAGGUGCUCAAGGUCCUCAAGUCCAUAUUGGACAACGACCAAACGGAGGAUGAAACGGUGAGAGAGCAGUUACGUGUGGCACUGGAGGGGUGUAGUUUCGUAGAAGAAGAAUUAGGGGCCACACGCAGAGUUCAGCUCCAGACAUCAUCACAGGAUUUGAUUGGAGGGGGUUUCCUUUUUAUGCAUUGUUUUUAAAACAUCAUAUGAAGACUAGCAGUGGGGGCCCUCACAUGUUGCUUCCCUUUCUGAGUUUCCAAGGUGCAGAGCCAGAUGAAAGAGCUCCUGGCUACCCUGUGCACUCUCAUGGCCAAGCUGGAAGAGGACCUAGCCAUAUCAAGGAAAGACCUCAUCCGUUCUGAAGCAAUGAACAGCAUAUUACAAAGAGAUGUCCGUGAAGCCAUGGCCCAGAAGGAAGACAUGCAAGAGAGGAUCACUACCCUUGAGAAGCGCUGCCUCAGGGCACAGCAGGAAGCCACCUCUCUGCAGGACCUCAAGGAUAAACUUGAAAACGAGAUCGCAAAGAAGGACUCUCUGCAUCGACAGACUGCGGAUCAAAACCGCCAGUUGCAAGAGCGCCUGGAGGUGGCGGAGCGGAAGCUGCAGCAGACCCCGAGGAAGGCCAAGUCGCUGCCCGAGGUGGAAGCCGAGCCGGCCCAGAGGGUGGCCACCCUCUGCAAGGCCGAGCAGAGGCGUGGCAACAUCGAGGAAAGGCUGCGCCAGAUGGAGGCCCAGCUGGAGGAAAAGAACCAAGAACUGCAGCGGGUAAGGCAGAGAGAAAAAAUGAAUGAAGAGACUAAUAAAUGUCUGUCGGGCACUAUUGACCAGCUCCUUUCCGAAUCUGACGAGCGUCUUCAGCGUCAUCUUAAGGAGAGAAUGGCUGCUGUGGAAGAUAAGAAGUCUCCGUUAGGAGAAGUGGGCAAUCUGAAAAAACAGUUACAAGAAACGCAACGUGAGAAGGAUCGGCUUCUACAGAGCAUGGAAGCACUGAGGGCUGAAUUAAAGCGGGCAAGACUGAGAGGCUCUUCGCUUCACCACGGGCGGACGCACGUCGGCAGCAUCCCAGCUUCCAGGUUCCGUCUGGCGGACAGCCCCACGGAUGCCAGCAGCAGCAGCAGCAGCAGCGCGGUGUUGCAGCGCCGCCGGAAAGGCCGUGUGGCCCGUCUGCGACAUGAGCCUUCCAAGGCAAGGACCUCCAUCCUCUGGGGGCUCUCGUGGGACCCACCUGCCAGCUCCAAUGUCACCUGCCUUUUCCUGUCUGUGAGGCUCUUCUGGAACUAA